ACGUGUGGCAGCGGCAUGGCGGCGGCGGGCAGGAAGGGGCAGGGGGCUGCGGCGGGGCGGCGGCGGCGGCCGCGGGGAGCAGGCAGCGGGGGGAAGCCGCGCCCGGCGCCCGCCCGUCCCCGCGAUGAGGAGGUGUCCAGCGACUCUGAGGCGGAGAGCCUGGCGGAGGGGCAGCAGCAGCAGCAGCAGCAGCAGCAGCAGCGGAGGCGGCGGAGGGAGGAGGAGGAAGAGGAGGAGGAGGAGGAGGUGGAGGAGACGCCUCAGGAGAAGAAGCUGCGCCUGGCCAAGCUGUACCUGGAGCAGCUCCGGCAGCACGAGGAGGAGCAGGCGGAGGAGGAGGAAGAGGAGAAUGCAGCCUUCCUCAGGGACCCCGUCGGCGAGCGGCUAAAGGAGGAUGUGCUCGAGCAGAAGGGCCGGCUGCAGCGCCUGGUUGCCAAAGAGGUGCAGCCUCCAGACCCGCUGAGCAUCCGAGUGUUGCGGGGACACCAGCAGCCCAUCACCUGCCUGGUCAUCUCUCCAGAUGACAAGUUCAUCUUUUCGGCUGCCAAGGAUGGCUCCAUCAUCAAAUGGGAGGUGGAGAGCGGGAAGAGGCUAUACGUGAUGCCCGGGGGGAAGAAAGGCACAGGACAGCACAUGGGGCACACGGCCCAAGUCCUCUGCAUGGCCAUCUCGUCGGACGGCAAGUACCUGGUUACAGGAGACAGGAACAAGCUGAUCCUGGUCUGGGAGGCAGCCACCUGCAAGCGCCUUCACACGUUCACGGGCCAUCGCGAUGCCGUGUCGGGUCUGUCCUUCCAGAAGGGCACGCACCAGCUGUACAGCGCCUCCCAUGACCGCUCCGUCAAGGUCUGGAACGUGGCGGAGAAUGCUUACGUGGAGACCCUCUUUGGGCACCAGGACGUCAUCACGGGGCUGGACAGCCUGAGCCGGGAGUGCUGUGUGACCUCGGGGGGACGGGAUGGCACUGUGAGGGUCUGGAAGAUCCCAGAGGAGUCGCAGCUCAUCUUCUACGGGCAUCAGGGCUCUAUUGACUGCAUCCAGCUCAUCAAUGAGGAGCACAUGGUGUCGGGCGCCGAUGAUGGCUCUGUUGCCCUGUGGGGGCUGACAAAGAAGAAGCCGCUGGCGCUGGUGAGGCAGUCGCAUGGGACACAGGGCGAAAACGACCUGCAGCAGCCCUACUGGGUGUCAGCGGUGGCUGCUCUUCGCAACAGUGACCUUGUGGCUACAGGUUCCCACAGUGGCAGUGUGAAGCUGUGGAAGUGCGGCGAGGGAUUUCGGAAGCUGGAGCCUCUCUGUGACAUCCCCCUGGUUGGCUUCAUCAACAGCCUGAAGUUUUCAGCAACGGGAGACUUCCUGGUGGCUGGCGUUGGGCAGGAGCACCGGCUGGGCCGGUGGUGGAGAGCCAAAGAAGCCAAGAACAGCAUCUGCAUCAUCCCCCUGAAGCGUGGGGCUGCAGCUCCCAGCUCUGGGGCAGCCGACAGGGCCUGGCCCGGGGAGCUGCAGGAACUUGCUCAUUAAAUUUUUGUUGAUGGUGCUGCUCGUUAAA